AGUGCGCGCGCACACACACACACACACCCACACACCCCUCUCUUCCUAGUAAACGGCAACUUCCUUAACAAGGACUUGGACAAAUUAGGAAGUCUUUUGUCACUGAUGUCUGGGACCAAAGAAGGCCUUCAGUGUCUUCCUCGAUCCAGUUUUCACAAGGAUUUGAAAAAAGGCAACAUGAAUGUUCAUCCAUUCUGAUAGCAAACCAUUCACCUGUUCGCCAGAGUGGAAUAACGAUUCCUUCCAGGUGAGUAGCUUGCCAGAUCAAAAGCUUAAAUUACUAUGUAACAGAUGGGUGCAUGGAGACAAAGCAGGAGGUGAAGGGAGAGGAGGGCUGGUAGGUCCUUUGUGAGUCUGUAUAUUUCUUUUACAUAUAUCGUCAGAGGGGAAAGACCCACCCCCUCAAAAAAUGCAGGGCCAACUAACUGUGAAAAUCUGGAGGUGAGUCCCAUUGAUAUUUGGCCCAUCCAGUGAUAGAGAGCAGCAGGUUUUUGGUGGGCCUGGGAAUGUAGCAAAGUGCAGAACGUUAUCUAUACAGAAGUGUAAAAUUAAAAUAAUGGCUGGGGUUGGGAAGUGGCUUUGUCCCCUUGCUUUUCUGGAAACUCACCUUGAAAGAAGCACAAAACCCCAGACAGACCACUCUUUCACCACCACCAUAUUUGACUGCCCAUUUUAGACAUGGCUUAAUAAUGGCAACAUUGUAGAGAGUAAAGGGAGAACCUGCAGGCUGAUAUGGAGACAUUUCAGUGGUUGAAAGUCAUGGUUGACAGUCCUGGACUCUUGGAAGAUGCCACCUUCGUUGUUACCUGUGAGAAAAAGAGCAAGUGACUGUUCUCAGAGGUAGUGGCACACAUAGAUACUUUUUGAAUCUGGACUUAAAGGUCUUGCGUGCCCCCUCCCUCUUUAGAUGGCAAUGUCCGUUACUUCACUUGCUCCCAGAUUUGGUAAGCCAAUUCUGCUGCUUUUGGGGAUUUUUCCUCUCAUUCUUCUUAGUGAGGCCCUGGGCUUCUGCCCCAAAGUCCUACCUUAAUGGUCCCACUGCACACUCUUGAGCUCUAUGAUUGAAUUUAGGCCCUGUUCUGAUGCUACAAAACUGUUACUUCUCUCCCCCCUUUUUUUUCUAGACAUAAAUGCCGCUCCUGGCUUUUUCUAGGGAUUCAGAAUCUUGUGUUAGUGGCUUGUGGGGUUUUUGUUUUUGAUCAACAGACAAACUUUGAACACCUGUGGGACAUGGAUGCCGUGUCACAACCUGUCUUUCGAAAGACCGGGCAUGUUUCUUCUCAUCUUUCAUCACCUUAUGUUCUGAGGCAAUAUAUGUAGCUCUCUCCUCUCCCGUUACAAAGCUCUGAGAGGAGGGUUUGAGGGCUUAACCUUCGAGCUAUCAGGCCUAGAUGCUUUUGACGCAGUCUGAGAGGUAUAUGUGUAGUUUAAAAAAAAACAAAAAACACUGUAUGAAAGAUUAAUAUAUUCUCCUCUUCCUCCUCCUCUUCCUGGGAAUUCUCAUCCUGAAAAGGACUUUCAGCAAAAUACAAAUACAUUGUUAGGAAAAUAUAUAUAUAAAUAGAAAAUAAAUACAUCUAACAUUUGGCAUUUGGACCAAAUAGUUCUCUAUGCAAACAUGGCUUCAUGUCUGGAUAAGGAAUGGAGAGGGAUCUGCUAAAAAAUGGAUUUACUGGUAUUAAAAAUGCACAUUUUUUCCUAUUGGAAAUUAGGCACUGACAGCGUAGUAAAGUUUUGCUACAACAUGUAGUAUUAUUAUUAUUAUAAAGCAAUUAUUAGCACCUGGCACAGCUUGUUAGCAAUAUCCAUAAAUCACACCCAGAUUUAUUUGAAUAAAGAUGGACACACAUGCCACAGACUGAAAUUGAUAAUUUGGGGAUUUUCUAAAUCUCUUCCUGCUGUGCUUCAUUUUCUUUCAAUAGUCUGGUUUAUGUAUCUUUUUAUAUAUAAGGCACCAUUUGAUCAGAAAACAAGAGCUGGUUUAUGUUUCUCUUUCAUUAUACCUGAUUGGUAAUUCCACAUCCAAAUUACAAGAUUCCACAAGUUUGGUAAAUGGAUAUUUUUUAAAAAGGAAUUUCCACUUUUCAGAGAUUCAUACAUAUAUAUAAACUGUUUUUGCUAGCAAAGCUCCCACACAUUUCCAUGUAGUUUCAGUUUGUGAAGCAACCUGAGGGCACUAGUCUACAGGGGUGGGGUGAGGAAAGACUUCACAGUAAAGAGCUGCUUUCUUUUGCCAAGCUAUAAAAUAAUCAUUUUACAUCAAACUCCGGUCAGGUGCCACAGGUGGAGUUUUCACCUGGACUCAAGAACACCUCAGAAGCUCCUGCCCAUUCCAACUACUCAAACUUCCCUCAAAAGCCACUCCAGGAAGAACAGGGUAAGCAUGGGAGCAGUUUCUGCUACAGCACACAGAGCUUAAAUGGGAAAGGGAAAAUCGGAGAUCCCUCAUGCAUGUACACAUGAAUGCUUUUGAGAAUACACACUGGUGUUUUUGGUGUUGCUACUUUUAAGGAAACCUGCUCAAUCCUCCAUUCAGGUAGCUCAAGAACUACAGGCAGCCCCCCUUUUACAUGAGGGUUGUGUUCCAAGACACCACACAUCAGUAAAACACACAUAUAAUUGAAACAUUGAAAAAACCGGCAAACGCCUCACUCUGCCCCCACCCCACCCUUUUAGUGGCAUUUCAGUGACAUCUUUAUGAUGUUUCUGGGUCACUUCUGGGUUCAGUGUGAUGCAUGUAUACAUGGUUGUGCACAUAUUGAAAGAGCAGAAAUGGGAGGGCUGCCUGCAUUCAGUUAUUUCAAGAACUGUGCAGAAUUGUUAAAUAUGAUCAGAAAGGACCAAGAGGUUAAAGGUAUACAAGUGAGAGUUAAACAGUAUAAACUGAAAGCAUUUGUUGAUGAUUUAGUAUUGACCCUACAGGAACCAGAAUCUAGUACAAAAAGGGUAUUGGAACUGAUUCAAGAAUUUGGACAAGUAGCAGGUUUUAAGCUGAAUAAGAUGAAAACUAAGGUCUUAGAGAAAAAUUUAACUGUAAAUGAGAGAGAUAAGUUUCAGGAAGAGACAGGACUAACAUUGGUUAAGAAAGUGAAAUAUUUAGGGGUUAAUAUGACUGCCAAAAAUGUAAAUCUAUUUAAGGAUAAUUAUGAAAAAUGUUGGAUUGAAGUGAAAAAGGAUUUAGAAAUAUGGUCAAAUUUGAAGUUAUCAUUGUUAGGCCAAUUGCUGUGAUAAAAAUGAAUGUGCUGCCAAGGAUGUUGUUUUUGUUUCAAACAGUACAAAUUUUGGAUAAGAUGAAUUGUUUCAAGAAGUGGCAGAAAGAUAUUUCCAGAUUUGUUUGGCAGGGCAAGAAGCCUCGAACAAAAUUUAAGAUAUUAACUGAUGCUAAAGAAAGAGGUGGAUUUGCCCUGCCAGACCUAAAACUCUACUAUGAAUCAGCUGCUUUUUGUUGGCUGAGAGAAUGGCUGCUACUUGAAAACACUGAUGUGUUGGACCUAGAAGGUUUCAAUAAUGUAUUUGGUUGGCAUGCAUAUUUGUGGUACGAUAAGGUAAAAGUACAUAAAGCGUUUAAAAAUCAUAUUGUUAGAAAAGCAUUGUUUAAUGUAUGGAUAAGAUAUAAAGAUUUGUUAGAAAAGAAAACCCCAAGAUGGUUGUCACCAAUGGAAGCGAAGGCACAGAAAAAAUUCAAUAUGGAGGCCAAAUGGCCGAAAUAUUGGGAAAUUCUGGAACAAGAGGGAGACAGACUAAAAUUGCAGAGCUUUGAAAAAUUGAAAAAUAAAGUGCGAGAUUGGCUCCAUUAUUACCAAAUAAUGGAGGCAUAUAAUUUGGACAAAAAAGUUGGUUUCCAGGCGGAAAAAUCAAAAUUGGAAACAGAAUUGCUAGAUUCCAAAAUUAAGAAUUUGUCAAAAAUGUACAACCUGCUGUUGAAAUGGAACACUCAGGAUGAAACGGUGAAAUCAGCUAUGAUUAAAUGGGCACAAGAUGUUGGACAUAAUAUAAUGAUGGCUGACUGGGAACAGUUAUGGACCACAGGUAUGAAAUUUACGGCAUGUAAUGCCCUAAGAGAAAACUUAAUGAAAAUGAUGUAUAGGUGGUACAUGACACCAGUCAAGCUUGCAAAAAUUUACCAUUUGCCUGAAAAUAAAUGUUGGAAAUGUAAUGAGACUGAAGGCACAUUCUUUCACCUUUGGUGGACAUGCCCAAGGAUUAAGACAUUCUGGGAGAUGAUUUAUAAUGAAAUGAAAAAGGUAUUUAAAUAUACCUUUCUGAAGAAACCAGAGGCCUUUCUCCUGGGCAUGGUCGGCCAAUUGGUGUUAAAGAAGGAUAGAACUUUUUUUAUGUAUGCAACAACAGCAGCAAGAAUACUCAUCGCGAAGUAUUGGAAGACACAAGAUUUGCCCACCUGGGAAGAAUGGCAGAUGAAGUUGAUGGACUACAUGGAACUGGCAGAAAUGACUGGCAGAAUCCGAGACCAGGGAGAAGAGUCGGUGGAAGAAGAUUGGAAAAAGUUUAAAGACUAUCUACAGAAAUAUUGUAAAAUUAAUGAAUGCUAGAAAAAUGUUGGAAUGAAGUUAUAUGGCUUUAGUAGAAAUAUUAUAAGGAAUUAAGUACAGAUAGGUUAAUAGAGCAUUAAAGGAAAAAUAAGGUUAGAAUGAGUUAAGAUAAUUAUAGGAUAGAAAACAGAGGAAGAUGGAAAGGAAUUGCUGAAAUAAUUAACAGAAGUGGAAUACAAAAAGGGAGGUGUAAGGAGGUCGUGGAAAUAAGUAAAUGAAAGAUGGGAUAAUGAAAUUGUUUGAUUUAUCUUAUUGUCUUUGUCUUGUUUUGUUAAUUUGAUUUGUUGUAUUAUAUUGGGGUUUUUUUCUUUUUAGUGUUUAAGUUUUUGGAAAAAUAAUAAAUAUUAUUUAAAAAAACAAACAAACAGAAUCAUUCGUAUGCCUCACUGUAUGAAAGGAUGCGUUGCUCUCUGCUCCCAUUCUGUCCAUGGCUCUAUCUAGCAUUCUUUUAUCUGGUCACCGAAGAGGUGAUCUAUUCCAGGCCUCAAACUCCAGACAAACUCUCUUCCUCUCGCCUUACAGGAAAGUGGGUCUGUCUCACACAAUUAGCUUUCCUCAAGAGCCAGCCAAAACUCAUCCAAAUAUGUCCACUCCCCCCAAACCAAAACCAAAACAUCAUCAACAACCCUACAAGGACCAAUCCUCUCCUUUUCCAGGCUCACACAUCCCUCCAGCCUUCUUGUGCUUUCUCAGUAGCCAUUCAGGUUUUUUCUCUCUGUGGUCAUCUUUCAAACCCCUUCAUCCCCUCACAACUCCUUCAGCUGGCUGGCUGUUCAUUUGCUCUGCCAACUGCUUGCUCACCCCAGGCUUCCCUCUCCCUGUUUUAUGUGCAUGAAAGCAGGCAAUGAGGCAGGUGGCAGCACCGAUGACACGUUAACGGUGAAAGACUCUCCUGGUCCACUAGCUGGUCUGCUCAGUUUCUUGCUCUGACAGUCUACUCACUUGUACUGUGGGCCAUCCUGCUUCUCUUGCUUUGUUGCCUGAACUCUGAGAGUGCAGCUGUCUUCCAAUUGAAGUGUAGAGUGUUUUAGGACCAGGACAUUUGCAGGGAAACCAAAAUGCUUGUUUACAAAGCUAUUGUACUACCAACCUUACUGUAUGAUUGUGAAACAUGGACCACUUAUAAACAUCAUUUCCAGCUCCUCUAAAGAUUCCAUCAACGGUGUCUCUGAAAAUUUUUACAUAUCACUUGGGAGGACAGGCGAACUAAUACCAGUGUACUGGAAGAAGCAAAGAUCACCAGUGUUGAAGCAAUGAUUCCUCAACAUAAACUUUGUUGGACUGGACAUGUUGUGUGGAUGCCUGAUGAUCGUCUUCUAAAGCAAUUACUCUAUUCUGAACUUAAAAAUGGAAAGCCUGAUGCUGGUGGUCAACAAAAGAGGCUUAAAGAUUGUCUCAAGGCAAAUCUUUUUUAAAAAUAUGGUAGUAUAAACACUAGCAAUUGGGAAACACUUGCCUGCGAGUGCUCCACUUGGAGAGUAGCCUUUACCAAAGGUGUCAUGGGCUUUGAAGACACUCGAACUCAGGAAGCAAGGGAGAAACAUGCUAAGAGCACGCUUGGCAAAUCCACACCAUAAUGAACUCCUGCCUGGAAACCAAUGUCCCCACUGUGGAAGGAUGCAUGGAUCCAGAAUUGGCCUCCACAGUCACCUACGGACUCAUUCUUAAAACCAUGUUUAUGGAAGACAAUCUUACUCGGCUACGAGUGACUGCCAAAGAAGAGAAGAAAAAGAAGGCAUGCUGCAGUCCCAUCUACUGGCAGCCAUGCAAACUGCAGAGUGACACCUUUUUCUAAUUACAAAAUUGUACGUAGGAAGAAAGAAAUUGCCUGAGGAAGACUCAGUGGAUGGCAAUAGGUGCUACAAGAACUCCACGCACAUGGCAGUAGACGUCUGUGCCUCCCGCCAGUUAUCUUUCACUGCAGGCCUCAAAUGAGUAAGAAUGGGUUUUUAAUAGCUGUUGCCAAAUCCGAAGCCCUUAGUGAUCCCAUGCCCUUGAAUAAUAACGAGAUGUGAUGGUAAUUAGAAGAGCAAUGGAGUAAUUACCUCCAUUCUUGCUAAAAUAUGGUUGGAUGGGCUGAAAUGAACCAAAGUGUAUUAAUAAAGAAGGAAGAGAUACAGAAUCCCAUUCAUCUCACUGUCAAGUAAAUGCUCUGGAAAGGUUAGCUUUAUGUAAUUUGGAUGUUUCCUCAUGGGUGCAUUAGUGUGUCUGUGCUUUUUCUUGUGGGGAUUUUAUACUUCAAUCAUAAUGACAAGGUAGCGGGUGCUUAUUUUACUGUAGUUGCGUAUAUAUCCCCAGAAAAGAAAUAUCCUUAGGUUGUACAUUUAUGCCCCCUCCCACCUUCGUUAAGGGAAAACAAGGUUGCGCUUUUCAAAGGUUUCUUAUAUUGUUAAAAAAAAAAAGUGGAUUCCUUGUUCUCUUGCAAAUUACCUUGUGCUACGAAAUCCAAGUGGGUGGCUGUUUCAAAAGCUAUACUGUUGUGUACUGCAGUCUAGAGCUGACAUUGAUAAAAUUGGGAGCGACUCUGUUGGAUAGAGGAGGCAAGAUUUUCCACACACAUGGAAAUUAUCUGUUACACAUGGUUUUAUAGGCCACCUGGAAAUGCACUGCAAACCAUCCACUGGUCCACAGACCAUUGCUUGAGAUUAACUGAUUUAUUUCAUUUCCCUUUAGGGCAACUUUCUGAGACAGAGGAUAAAAUAGGAACAUUUCCGUUCUGUGCAUUUCACAUUAUGGUUUGCAUUCCUUUGACAUCUUGUUAACAAUGAAACUGAAGGCAAUUCCUGUUAUUUAAGGCUAAAGCUGUCUAAUUUGCUAUUUUUCUAGCAUUAUUGUUAUUUAGAAUUGUCCUGCAUACAUAUCAGACUCUCAUCCUGCAUCAUCAUAUUGCUGCUGUUUCAAAAUAGCCUUUAAUUUCGGAUGUGGGGUUAUGAUUUGCCACAUCAGGUGUCAAAAUCCACCAAGCUAUUGUCGCCAUCGCAGCCAUGAAGGCAGAACAAAUCAAAGGAUGCUGUUAGAUAGCCAUGCAGGUAAACAGGGUGUUUCUAACAGAACUGGAACUCCAUAGACCAACACCUACAUCUUCAGAAGGGUGAUGCACUCUGGAAUAGGUUUGGCAGCUUUGCUCAUCACAAAUGUCCAUCCAUUGAAUUGUGAUUUCCUCGCACUUCCCCUUCUGAAAAUACCCCCCCUUUUAUCCAGGACUCCAAUAAGUUCCUCCCACCUUUUUUCACUCACCACUGGGUAACUGGAAGGUCUGCAGUUCAGCGGUAGAAUAUAUACCAUGCAUACAGAACAUCUCAGGUUCAUUCCUUGGUAUCUCCAGGUGGACAUAGGAGAGACAGCCGUCUGAAAUUCUGGAGAGGUGCUACCAGUUAGUGUAGGGGCAGUGCUGAAUUAGAAGGACCCAUGUUCCUGCUCAGGAUAAGACUGCUUAUUCUAUGUUCCUAUAGUCUCAGAUGACAGACAGGCAAGGUUUCCUGUUGCUUUGCUGAACCUUUCCCCAUUUUGUUCCUUGUUGUGGGAGUGGCUGCCAAGUUCCAAUGCUUUUGUUGGCUUCUGUUCCUUCCCCAUGAACUGCACCUGGUAUUUAUGCAGGUGUGGGGGAGCCCAAAAUGCACCAAAUGGCCAGCCACCAAAAACAUGUCCCGGCUGUGUUUAUUUCUGGCCGAGCCAGUUGCAAAGCGACGUGGCAGCAGACACCAGCUGCCUCUGCCACUUCACAGCUGCAUUUCACGCCCUUGUGAAUUGGUAUGUGAGUGAGUUUCCAUUUGACUUUUCAGCUUGCUCCAACAUUUAAAAAAGGACUGCAUUAGAAAAAAGAACUGGCACUUGCAUUUUAAGUGCGCUGUGUAAUGAAGGAAUGCAUCGAUUUGGAGAAAUGCUUCAUCUCAAGUCAGGUUUAAGACAUGUAUGCAUGGAUUUAAAAAUAAACGCUAAACCCUUUCUUGCCUCCAAGACUAGGUCCCUAUAGGUGGAAGCAGUUUCUAAAAGAAAGAUGGAACAGAUGUUAGGGUCUCAUCCACACUUUUGCUUGACCUGUAUUUUGAACGUAUUGAGCACUGAUUAAUUCCCUUGGGUCUGAGAGCUCUUCUCAUUCUGUGGCUGGGCUUGUAAAAACUUGAUCUUACUGCUGAAUCAGAUCUUAUCAGGUGUGUGGAAAAACUGGAGAGAGAUUUUGCUUAACUGAGCUUCAAAUCGUAGGGUUUUUGCAAGGCACAGCCAUGGAACAACAAGGGAAGCUCUCAGACCUGAAGGAAUCAAUCAGGGCACAAUACAAUCAAAAUACAGGUCAAGCAAAAGUACGGAUGAGACCAAUGUUUUUUUUUGGGGGGGGGGAGUUUGAUGAAUAGCUUUCAGUUUGAUUCUCACUAGGGUUGCUGACUCUUGGAACCUAGGGAUGAAGCAAAGAGUAGCAGUGUGGAGGAAGUCUUGAAAACCUUCAAUAUCUGGCAGAUGAGGCACCGGAGAUGAGCCCUAUGCAGAGCUUGUCUGAGAUGCAGGGUAGGAGUCUUGUUGGAAUAAUUUUGGGGGCAUGACAGUGUAGGUUUGGCAGGCCCUGAAUGGAGCCCACCAGCUAGCCUAGACCCCUAAUGGUUUUGAGUAAUUCAUAGGGAAAUUGGCACUGGAGCUCAGUUUUGCUCCUCCAAUGAAUUUUUCAUGCAUCCUUGCAUGUAGUUAGCAAUAUUAAUUAUUGGCCUUUCAAUGUGCUCUUGUAUUGUUCUUAUUUUAAAACAGUUGACUCAUAUUUCACGAGCAGGCAGACUCUGACGAGGGUGAUGGCAGGAAAUUGCAUUUUGCUCAGUAAGCUUCCUUUAUUGUUUUCUCCCUUUCCCUUUGUUUUUCAAAUCCAUUUCUCAUUUGUGAACCCUCUCUGUAUAACACUCUGCCUCGUUCUUGGGCGGCACAUCAACAGGAAGCGCAAGGACGUGAUAGCGAUCUGUGGCACGUGUCUGACAGGCAGCCCAUUGUUUGCUAAGAUACAGGGGGCUGCCUUAUUAUGAGAGUCAUCAUGCAGAAUCAGGUAGUAAACCAGGGUGCAAGACUUCUGGGACGUACCGGCUCAGAAUGCAGUGGAGGAGUUACAACUGGCAGAUGCUCACAAUUUCCCCACAUGUAGUAAAAGAAGCAUGACAGCGAGAACAGGUUAGCAGUGGCAUCCAUCCAAAUUUGCUUUCAGAAAGCUAACAUGGUGGUUAGAUUAGCUCUUCAUUGAACAUUCAUUCAGAUUCAUUUGCAGGGUGUUUACACAUCCCCAUUAUUCAUUCAUUUAUCCUAGUGUUUCCCAAAUUUGGGUCUGCAGCUCUUUUUGGACUACAACUCCCAUCAUCCCUAGCUAGCUGGACCAGUGGUCAGGGAUGAUGGGAGUUGUAGUCCAAAACAGCUGCAGACCCAAGUUUGGGAAACAUUGCUCUAUCCCAUACUUUUCAAUGCAUUUCCCUGUCACAUUCAUAACCACAAAACCUUUUUAUUCCAAGUGAAUUUACUGUGCUAGGAAACCUUUGCCACCCCAGAUUUCGAUGAACUACAACUCCCAUCAGCCCUGGCAAGCAUGCUCAAGGGCCAGGGAUGACAGGAGUCACAGUUCAGCAACAUCUGGUGGUCCCAAGAGUGGCAGAGCACUUUACUCACCGCCAUGAAAACAAAAUUUAUGGAAUGUGUUUGAAACCCACUCAUAAAACAGCAACUCUGUAGGCACCUCUAGCCUUCUUCCAGUUGUGUGAGUUUACUACAUGCAGGGAGCUUUUCACAUUGGGGGAACAUAGCAAAACUUGCUCACCUGUGUAUGAUGGAUGAUAACCCACCACCUCGUUCUGUGUGAUACGUGAAAUAGCUCUGAAACAGACGGCUGGUCACCUAGCCCAGGAAUAUAUAUUCUCCGCUGUCUGCUGGCAGCUUUCCAAGCAGAGUUCCUGCCACUUUUGAUCCUACAACCCCUCCCCUGGUUAUUCAGAGUGUACAGCCUGGCUGAACUUUUGUUCCCCAGUGCUCUCAAAUAUUCCAUGGCCAGAGCUUUUGAAAAAUGUCAUGGAUAGCAUCGUUGCUAUUUUUUAAGUUGGUGUAUUGCAUUGAAUUCAGAGCUAAUGCUGUAUUACUGACCCAGUAACUCAGGGGAUGACUGCAGCGCCACCUGGCCUUUCUCCAUGUUCGGUGCGACACUGACAUCUUCCGGCCCUUAACCCUGCCAAUCUUGGAAGCAGGGCCAAUGGGUUUUCUUUUUUCUUUAGAGCAAAGAUGAAGCAUAAUUAGCUUGGUGAGAGCUGUAUCGAUCUUCCUCCCAUCUCAGUUCCUCAUAUUCUGCCAGAAGCAUGCUCCAGUGCUUUGUGUGACCCAUUUUGCUAACAAACGCCUCUUGUUUUUAAUCGCAGGCUCUUUGCUAUGAUCAAGACAACUGAAGCAGCUAUUAGGAGCUUGUCACAACAGUCCAACAGGGCAGUCUCUGAUAAAAUUCUAUGCAAAGUGACUAGCUAUUAGGAGGAAAGCAAAAUGCCCAAGAUACCCACCAUCUAAGCAAGCUGUGGUUUUAAUUUCCUACGGCUGUUGUCCAGCUGGGAAGUAUAAAUGAUUCGCGCGCCCCCCGCCCCCCUGGGAAAUCUCUCAUAGUUGAUUUAACUGAGGUAAAGCUGAUUGCAAAUGCAUUAGGUGAAAUCCAGUGCUCUAUUGACUUCAGUGGGUCACUUCUGAGUUUGGCUUAGUUGGAUAUCAGGCUGAAUUAUGGUAUCACAAACAGGUUUAAUAAAAAUAAUAAUUUAUUAUUUAUACCCCGCCCAUCUGGCUGGGUUUCCCUAGCCACUUUGGGCGGCUUCCAAUAAAGCAC